AAAUCAUGCCUUAGAAUGAUUUUGUUGCUUCUUAACAUCUGCCUGAUAUGGACUGCAGGAAACCCCAGGGUCACUCCUGAAGUUACACGGGAUGUAUGUUUAUUGGCUAGAAUGAUGGCUGCUAACUUGUACUUCUCCCAGAUAGAGGAUCUUAUGUUUGAGUUAUCUAUGUGGCGCUGCAAUGAUGAGCUUCUUUCUCGUGCUCAUGAACUUCAUAGGUCUUCAAAGAAGGAUGCAAAACACUAUAUAGAGUUUUGGAAGCAAAUUCCUCCAAAUGAGCCUUAUCGCGUUAUUCUUGGUGAUGUAAGAGACAAGCUGUACAGUACACGUGAACGUGCUCGCCAAUUGUUAGCCAAUGGAAUCUCUGAAAUUCCUGAGGAAACAACCUUUACAAAUGUUGAACAGUUCCUGGAGCCUCUCGAAAUGUGUUACCGGUCACUCUGCUCCUGUGGCGAUCGGGCAAUUGCUGAUGGAAGCCUUCUUGAUUUCUUACGG